GGGAAAGUCCAGUCGGCUUUAACCAAGGACACACUUGACGAGGGACAGCACAAGCUGUGCAUCAAGCUCCAAGUGGGUUCGGCGACAGCCAAAGAAACCACCUGGCAUCAACCAUCCUUCGGUCGCCCUUCGCUCUCCGGCACCGCCCGUCGAUUCCGACAACACCACUAACUUGCGCAACACUGUCAGAACACGAUUGAGUUAAGCUCCGUAGCAGCUGGCAAAGAACCCCUCGUAGCAAGGGCGCAUCCCAAUCGAGCCAGUGCAGGUGCCUCAAUCCAAGGGCAAGAGAUCGUCCUCAUUGCCCCUCCACCGGUUGAGUGUUGCUGAGAAAGCAACCCGGCCUACGAUGCAAUAGACGUCCAACCACAACAUGUCCUUCACGAAUGCGCCAGUGACGCGCACCCUCGUUCUUGGCCUUGUGACGAGCUCCAUUGCUGCCAGCUUGCUUGACGUCAAGCACUACUUCUACAUUGUUGUAGACACCCAUCUAUGGCGCUAUCAUCAGUUCUGGCGCCUGUUGGCGUACCAGCUAUGCUGCACCAACUCGAGCGAGGUCCUCUUCGCAUCAAUGACUCUCUACCACUUGAGGGUCGUUGAACAAAUAUGGGGAUCAAGGAAAUACGCUUCAUUUGUAGCUGUAUCAGCUCUCUUCACUGCAGUGAUGCCUCCUCUUUUACUGUCCAUCAUACCGCGGACAUUGACCGCGGGUCUAUUCAACUAUAUGCCAGCCGGCCCUACCCCGAUCAUCUUCGCUAUCCUUGCGCAAUAUCAUGCUGCGAUCCCAAAUAUCUACCGAUAUCGCGUCGCGGCUUCCGCAGCUCCGCCUACAAACGACCAAUUUGUCGGAUUGACUUUCUCUGACAAGACGUACCGCUACGCUCUCGCUCUACAGCUGGCACUCUUCCAGUGGCCUGGUUCACUGCUGGGAGCUGCUGUCGGUUGGAUUGUGGGACACUCGUGGAGGAACGACUUGCUACCAGUUGCAUUGACAAAAUGGCGCCUUCCCGGAUGGAUGGUCGGAGUCAAGACACCGAGAAGAAGGACACAAUUCGAGGGUCUUCGAAGGCGGUUGGAAGGUGAGGGUUCAUCUGCGACCACCUCGGGCGCGCAGGGCCAGGUGGAUGGGAACGCAGGACGGAGGAGACCGGCCGGCCAAGAAAGGCGGCAAGACUAAGUUAAAUAGCCCUAAAUAGAC